AUGCCCGUUCCCGUUCCCGUCUUCAUCAAGCAGCCCUCCCACCAGGUCAUCAAGAUCAAUCACCCCUCCCAGCCCGAUAGCAAAUCGUCCGUCUUUCAGCACCUCACCAACACGUUGCCCCUCCCUCCUCAGGGACCUCCACCCUCGCUCGCAUCCCGGGAGGAGUGGAUCAGCUCUCUCCCUUCGUGGAGGAGGAACAAACCCCGCCGCAUUUGGGAGGACGACUACGGGCUUUCCCAGGACCUCACCCAGCAGGGUUUUCAGGAAGGGUUGACCGCUGCGGACAACGCAUCGGUCAUUAAAGGAGCGCACGCGCAAGCGAGCAUUCCGCCCGUCCGUGCCUCGACGUUCGAGGCCGACUUCCUCUCCGGCAACAUGUACCUUGCCCCUGAAGAAAUGGACGACGAGAUGGAUGGUUACCCCGCUAUGCGGGACUGGCGCAGCGACGAUGACCUUUCCGACUUCCCCCAGGUCCAGCAGAAGACGUACCAACGCAUGUCGACCGACAGCCCCAUCGCCGUUGCAGUGGAUCGCACAGCCGACUCCCGCACCAUCACUCGCUCGCUUUCGGCGCCCGGAGUGGCUGAAGCGUACGCCCGGUACGAGCGUGGCGCGUUCAGUCCCGUCUUGGAGGACUACUCCCCUGACGUGGCGGAGAAUUUUUCUCCAGAGCAAGCCGGCGACGUCGAGGUUGGUUCUAGCCCUAUUGGACCAGCCACUCCAUUUGCCGACUACGUCGACAACGCUUUUGUGGAGGCCCAGUAUGUCCCCGCGUUGCAGCGCAGCCGGGCUGCUGAACGCAACCAGAGCGUUUCUUAUCCCACUCACGACGGCUACCACGCUACGUGUUACCAAUGCCAGACUUGCCAAGGGGAGCAGCCCGUUCAGCAGGCUCCCGCCACCGAGUCCGUCGUCACGCCCGUCGCUACUGCCGCAUACAAGAAGCUGGCAGCACCACUGUCAGAGUGGAUCGUCGGAUACGUGUGGAAGGUCUGCACGACGGGAAUGCGCCUCCCUCCUGUAUACGCCCAGCCAGGCGCUUUCUUCAAGCACUAUCCCAGCUCGCCACCAUCUCACUUGAUCUCCUCCACCCACUCCAUGCUGCUAUCAACACUUUUACAGCCCUCGGCGGUGUUCCUUGCUCUGUGGUACAUCGUGCGUUUGCCCGUCUUCUUCGGUCCUGUGGGAUUAGGUCCGGAGCACGUCAAGGAAAUGCGCUUCCGCGCCGAACUGCUCGGGGAGGCGCAUCUUGGAGCCGAUCGGGAUAUGAUCGAAGCUUACGCGCCAUUCCGUCUCAUCCUGCUGGGCUGUAUGCUCGCCAAUAAGUGGCUGGAUGAUCACACUUUCUCCAACAAGACUUGGCACACCAUCUCGAACGUCCCUAUCCGCUCAUUGAACAGGCUCGAAGCGCUUGCUUUGGACAUUUUCCAGUAUGACCUGUCCAUUGCUCCCCUCGACUGGACCGACUGGCUUUCGGACAUCAUGGCGUACCACCAGGCGCUAUCGUCUCCCAUGUUCCCGCAGCCUAUUUCGCGCCCUUCGACCAGUCCACACAUCAUCGUGCGCCAAGCUCUCGAGACGUUGGUCAACGCCGGUACAAUCGAUUAUGCCUACUCGGGCAACGAGGUUUCCGGACCUCCGAUGCCAAUCUUUGUCGGACUCGAGGAUCAGAAGAAGACUGAUGAAGACACGUAUGUGGACGACGUGCUGGAAAUCGACUUGGACGAAGACGGGCCGCUCCGCGAGGAGUAUCUCCCGAGGAGGCGGACCAGCACCAGGUCGUUCAAUGCGCAUGCUGAUCCAUAUGCGAAGGGGUCUGAGCGCGCACUGCCGCCACCUGCGAAGUGGAGUCCCGCCGCAGAUGAGCCCAUUCUGCGCGACUCUACCAGGGGACAUGGUCAGUACGUGGCACCCCAGCCUGUGUCCCACCUUGGAUUGCCGCCGCCACCUCCGCAAUACCAGCCCUCGGUGGAUAUGCAUCACCCUUCCUGGCCUAUAGGUGGCUACGUCAUGCGGCAGGACCCGGCUCGGGCUUUCCCUCCCCCCAUGUACCAAGCCCCCCACCCUGCCUUCGACUACGGCUACGGCGUUCCCACUGUCCAUCCCAGCCAUGGCCGUUCGCACUCCCUCUCCUACAAUCAGGCCAUGGAGCAGGCGCCUGCUCGCCUGCGGUCCUUCUCGCAGACGCAGUUCGAUCACGAUGUUCGUGUGCCAGAGGCGCAGUACGUGUCUCCUCCUGCAUGGGGCACGUACAACCGCAUCGGCUUCCCGACGUCCUAUGAUCGGCCCUUCGGGCUUUCUCACCGCCCCUCGCUCAUGGCGUGA